GAAUUUGUGUGGUAGUGAAGAAAGAGAAAAUUCUGCUGCUUUUGGAAAAGGAAAAGAAAGUGAAGUGCAAGCAAUUGUAUGGGAAGAGGAACCAGCUUUGCAGGUGAAACAACAUAACAUUGAAAAAGAUUCAUCCCAAGCUUGUCUGGUUGAUUCUCCUCCUCUGUUUCUUCCAUAGCCAGAAGAAUUCUGUAAAGCAAAAUCAUUAAUCAAAAUUCAAACCAAAACCCACCUCAAUUUCAUGUCAUCCAUCUUCUUCACACAAGCCCAAUCAAAUGCCCAUUUUUGCUUCUUUCUUUUUCAAUCCUUGUAAGAAAGAAAAAGAAAACAACCCAUUUCCUUUUUUAGUUUCUCGAGCCUUUUGACCAGUUUUCUAUUCGUAUUCAGACAAUCCCAGCCCAUCUGGGUCCUUUUCUUUUUUAAAAAACAAAUUUAAAAGAAAUUUGGUGUUCUCCAAUUUCUCUAUCUGUCAGAAAAUCGCCAUUAACGAAGCGAAGAUGCUUUUCGAAUGGAGAAAAGCUAUAUAUAUUAUAGAAUGUUGAAAAUGGCGGAUACUGUGUAGAAAUAUUUAUGGGUUUUUGUUUUUGAAGAGAAUGGUUCGUUCUGUUUUGUAAGGACAUGCAGAGUGUUCGAAGCAGAGGAAGAAGAAGUUAAGUGUUAAGUUAAGAAGCUCUGUUGAAUUUUUUUUGUUUUGUUUUUGCCCUAAUACGACAAUCCCAAUACGUACAAACGCACGUAUUCUUCUACCAAAACGACACUCCAAAACAUUCCGUUGAUCUGGCUGUUUUCCUUUCCCUUUCUUCCUCUCAAUGUUAUUAGCGGCUUUUGUUGCUUCAUUUCUCCUCGCUUCGACCUCUUUUCUUCUGUCGGCGCCGCCCAUUACGGCGGAGAAUUUCAAACCCGCCACCUUAGAGUACCAGAAACUGAAUAACGUUAAAGCCUACUUAAAGAACAUCAAUAAACCCCCCAUCAAGAUAAUUCAGAGCCCAGAUGGAGAUUUAAUUGAUUGUGUGCUUUCUCAUCUUCAACCUGCUUUUGAUCACCAUAAGCUCAAAGGACAAUUGCCAUUGGAUCCACCAGAGAGGCCAAGAGGUUACAACUCCUCAGCUGAUUCUGUUGCUGAGAGCUUCCAGCUAUGGCGGCAGACUGGUGAAUCAUGUCCUGAAGGAACUGUUCCCAUUAGAAGAACAACAGAACAAGACAUUUUAAGAGCAAGUUCUGUUCAAAGAUUUGGAAGAAAGCCUUUAAAAUCUAUCAGAAGGGAUUCAACAGGCAGUGGCCAUGAGCAUGCUGUUGUGUUUGUUAAUGGAGAACAAUACUAUGGAGCAAAAGCGAACAUAAAUGUUUGGGCACCUCAUGUGAGUGAUCAAUAUGAGUUCAGCUUGUCUCAAAUUUGGGUUAUUUCAGGAUCAUUCAAUCAUGAUUUGAACACCAUCGAAGCUGGCUGGCAGGUUAGUCCUGAGUUAUAUGGAGAUAAUUAUCCUAGAUUCUUCACAUAUUGGACAACAGAUGCAUACCAAGCAACAGGUUGUUACAACUUACUGUGUUCAGGUUUUGUUCAAACCAAUAACAAGAUUGCCAUAGGAGCUGCAAUAUCUCCAAGAUCUUACUACAAUGGCAGACAAUUUGAUGUGGGUUUAAUGAUUUGGAAGGAUCCGAGGCAUGGAAACUGGUGGCUGGAAAUAGGGCAAGGUCUUUUAGUAGGGUACUGGCCAGCAUUUUUGUUCAGUCACUUGGGAAGCCAUGCCAGCAUGAUCCAAUUUGGAGGAGAAAUAGUAAACACAAGAUCAACAGGCUUCCACACAUCAACACAAAUGGGAAGUGGCCAUUUUGCUGAAGAAGGAUAUGGAAAAGCUUCUUAUUUCAGAAACUUGCAAAUAAUUGAUUGGGACAACAGCUUGCUUCCUGUUUCAAAUCUUCAUUUAUUGGCUGAUCAUCCAAAUUGUUAUGAUAUAAGACAAGGAAAAAACAAGCUUUGGGGCAAUUAUUUUUACUAUGGAGGUCCUGGUAGAAAUGUACACUGUCCAUGAGCAGAUUUACUAUGGCAUAGAUUUUUAUUUUUGGGAAUUUUAUUUUUGGGAAUUUUAUUUCUUACCCACUUUUUCUAUAGGCCUUCUUCAGAAUGUUUUGGGUUGCUGUUAUUAUUGUUAAUUUAUAUAUAUUUUUUGGUUUA